CUGCAUAUGCAUGCCUUCACAUUCGCAUUCCCGUUUCCAUUUCUUGUGCUUCCUUGGAACUUGCUUCUUAGAACAGAAACCUUAGAUCUCAACUCUCUUUCUCCCUCUACAUGGCCAAUUUGAGAUCUUUUGUUGGGUUUUGUGUUUUGAUUCUUGUCUUGGAACCUAAGCUUCCUGCAUUAGCCGAUGACAGUGGUAAUGUCGGCAUAGGCAGUGGCAGAGGUGGUGGAGUACCAGAGCUUUGUAACAUAGAUGCCAGGAGUUUCCUUCCUCCCCCAUAUGGAAAUUUAUCUAGUGUCAUCUGCAAGCCUAUCUGGAAUACUUUCAUCUUGAGGUACUCCCAUGAUGAAGAUAAUGUGGUGAACAUUAUAUUAUCUUCUGUAUACACCACUGGAUGGGUGGGAAUAGGAUUUUCCAAAGAUGGUAAGAUGGUUGGUUCUAGUGCCAUGGUGGGAUGGAUCAAUAGAAAAGGUCAUGCAAAAAUAAAGCAGUUCUAUUUGCAAGGUUCCAAGGAGUGGGAAGUCAUACCAGACAAAGGUGAAUUGCCACUCACUGGUAUUCCUUCUUCUCUUGUGAUUCAUGGACCUUCAAUUUACUUGGCAUUUCAGUUGAAAUUUGAAAAUCACCUUGCUCGCCAACCCAUUAUAUUGGCUUUCGGAACCAGAAUUCCAAAGCACUCCCACCUAAGUCACCACGAUGACAAAACAACAAUCUUAUUCGACUUCUCUGCAGGUUCACAUGUAUCUGCGGCAUCCACUAAUUUUGGCCAGAUGAAAAAGAAUCACGGUGUAUUGGGUAUAAUCGGAUGGGGUCUAAUCCUUCCUAUUGGGGCAAUUGUCCCAAGAUACUUCAAGCAUAAGGACCCCCUUUGGUACUACCUUCAUUCAGUUCUUCAAUUCAUCGGGUUUGCCAUCGGACUUGCUACCGUGAUACUUGGACAACGACUUUAUAAUAUAAUACAUGCUGAUUUUCCAAGUCAUAGAGGCAUAGGAAUUUUUGUUCUAGUACUUAGUAUUCUUCAGAUUCUAGCAUUCUUUCUCCGCCCGAACAAGGACGCCAAGACUCGCAAGUUCUGGAAUUGGUACCACCACUGGGUUGGAAGGUUUGCCCUUUUCUUUGGAGCUUUGAACAUAGUAUUGGGAAUCCAAAUUGCAGGUGCAGGGAGUGAUUGGAAGAUUGGCUAUGGAUUUCUUCUCGGAAUAGUUAUUGUUACGGUCAUUGUUCUGGAAGUAUUAGCAUAUUUGAGAAGGUCUGAGAAGCCUACUCCCUUGGAUCCAUCCUUCCAAAUGAAUCCAGUUGAAUAAGUUACAUUCAAGUACUUUGACUAAAGGUCUGGUUUUCUCUUUCUAUUUGUUUUCUUUAUAAAAGCGUUCCAAAAUUUCAAGAACCCUUUAUACUGAAACGGGUUGAUAAUUGAUGCUAUAUGUUGCAUCUCUGAGAAAAGGGUCUGAAAACAUUUGCACUUGCGCUGAUUUGCCUCUUUAAAAAGGGGCUAGCUUGUUGAAUUGAAUCUCGUUCUGGGUCAACUUUUACAGAACUUGGUCCUAACUUGAGUUUGAUCCUAUUGUACAAGUCAGUCAAUGUGUGCGGAUGCUAGAGAAUUGAUUAAGAGCUGGAUUAAUGUGUGGAUACCAAUGUCAGCUUCCCCCUCAACCAAAACUAACAGAGUGAUGAACCCACCCCUCCUUGUUUUUUGAUAUUAUGUCGUUGUAUUCUCUCCAAUAGAGGGUCUUGAUUUUGAUACAUUGAGCUUUUUUACUCUUUUCUUUUUCUGUACAAAUUAUAUAAAUACCAUGUAAUUAGCAAGUGAGCAUAUACUCCUUCCUUGUCAUUGUCAGUGUUUGCUAUUAUGAAAGCCUGGUUGCUAGUGCAAGAGU